AUAGAGGGCCGCGCAAGAAUGGGCUAUUUGCGUGCGGCGACCCUGAUGAGGCUUUCGACUUUGCCCAAGCAUAAGCUUUCGUCAUCCUGAGUGCCCCGCGGGACCUUUCCCAUUUUUUGCUCCACAAUUUCUGCGGGCCUGCCCGGAGAAAGAAGUAGGAAGCGUACUGCCGGACUCGGCUUCAGACCAGACCGCCGUUGCCCCGUCUCCCUCUCUCCAAUCUCCAUCUCACCACACCCACCCGACACAGUACCUAGGUAUCUCAGCGUACCCUUACUUUAGCCACCGCCCCCUGUAAGAAAAAUACGGCGAUCUCUGAUACGGGAUAGCCGCUGGGGAAACUGUUGCAUAGCUCCCGGUCCUGGCAGCCGAGCCGUUGCUACAUCCCGCAGUGUAGUGUGCUUUUGUGUGAGUGGUGGUGUUGGUGGUGGUGUGUGAGGACCAAGCCCCUGGCUGCUUUGCCUUCCUAUUCCACCGACCUGCGUUAUCCGAAGCUAGUAACCGCAGAUUCAGAGUCCAGGUUUCAGGGCCGGGCAGGCAACUUAUAAACCGGAUCCUCCCCUUUUCCCCCGCGCCGCCGCCGCUACUUCGAACCCCUUCUUCUUCCUUUCCUAUGUUCCUUGCCCGCGCACUCGGCAGGAGCUCUGGUGUUCGGAUAAUACCUGCUCCCGUCUCUAUUUCAUCUUUACUACCCCGUUUCAGGAUAUCAUCAUCGUCGUCGUCGUCUUCUUUUACAGGUUUCAGGAUGGUUUCGACGCUGCCCAAGCUGCCCGUUUUCGAGGCAAUCUCCAAGCAUGACCCGGAGUCAACUGUGGUUAUUCACUCCAAGAGCGGCCGGCGCUUUCAGUACGGUGAGCUGUUGGGGGAUGUAGCCAAGGCCAGGGAUCGUCUCUAUGAGAGCGCCGGGAGGGAGGAUCUGGAUGGUGAGCGUAUUGCUUUCUUGGCCGAGAACAGCUACGACUAUGUGGCCAAUUUCACGUUUCCAACCCACCGGCAAAUUCACGAGGCUGAUUCUGUUGUCCAAGUGACUCUCCUUGCCAUCCUCGGGGCCAAGUCCAUUGCUGUGCCCAUGUCUCCGGCCUUUCCAGCCUCGGAGCUUCAGUACAUCUUGAACCACAGCGAGGCAUUGAUGUUGUUAGCCACCGGCAAAUUUGCCUCCAAAGCUCAAGAAGUUCUCAAGACAGAGCUGGAUGUCCAACCAACCUUCCUCCAGCUCGACAAGCUCCAAGGUGGAGGCCCCCACGAAAAGGUCACACUCGACAAGUCUAGCCCCGGUUCCGCCGGUAUGAUGCUGUACACCUCUGGUACCACCAACCGACCUAAAGGCGUCCUCAUCCCCCAAGCCGCCAUGACAGCCCAAGCCCGCUCCCUGAUCCAAGCCUGGGAAUACGCCCCCUCCGACCACCUGCUGCACCUCCUCCCCCUCCACCACAUCCACGGCACCAUCAACGCCAUCUUCACCCCCCUCUUCACAGGCAGCUCCAUCGAAUUCCUCUACCCCUUCAACGCAGACGCAGUAUGGAAACGUCUGGCCGCCCCCUUCACCACCACCCCCCCCCCUGACCAACCCAAAAUCACGUUCUUGACCGCCGUCCCAACGAUUUAUUCCCGGCUCCUAUCCAGCUUCAAAACCCUCCCCGAAGACCUCCAAGAACCCGCCAGGGAAGCCAUCUCCCCUGCCCACCUCCGCCUGACAAUCUCCGGCUCCGCCGCCCUGCCCACCCCCAUCAAGCGUGCCUGGGCGGACUUGAGCAAGGGGAACAUUUUGCUCGAACGCUUCGGCAUGACAGAAGUAGGCAUGGCGCUCUCUUGCGGCCUCGAUCCGAACGAUCGGGUGGAUGGCUCCGUCGGGUGGCCUUUACCCGGGGUAGAAGCAAGAUUGGUAGAUGUUGACACGCAUCAAGUCAUUGAAAAGGGGCAGGAAAAGGACCUCGAGACGGGAAGGGAGAGGGUGGGGGAGAUUCAGCUUCGGGGGCCGACGAUUUUUGCAGAGUACUGGCGUAACGAAGAGGCUACGAAGAAGGAGUUUGUGGAAGGGAAGGACGGGAGGGGGUCGUGGUUCAAGACUGGGGAUGUUGCCGUCAGGAGACCUGGUCCGGAAAAGGCGGGGAGGAGCGAGAUGAAGACUCAACGGGAGUGGGCGAGGGGGGAUAUGUAUUUUAUUCUGGGGAGGAAGUCGGCUGAUAUUAUCAAGUCGGGGGGGGAGAAGGUUUCGGCGUUGGAGGUGGAGAGGGAGAUGUUGUCUCUGCCUCAGGUGGCCGAGGUUGCGGUGCUGGCGGUGCCGAGUGGGAAGUGGGGGCAGAAGGUGGGCGCGGUGGUGAUUUUGGAUAGGGAGCAUUGCAAGGAGGGGAAGUGGUCGCCGUUGGAGAUGAGGAGGGCGUUGAAGGAGAGGUUGGCGGGGUAUAAGAUCCCACAGGUGCUGAGGGUGGUGGAUCAUAUUCCGAGGAAUGCGAUGGGGAAGAUUAAUAAGAAGGUGCUGGUGAAGGAGGUUUUUAGGGAGGAGUUUAGUGGGGAUGAGAUGUAAGAUAGAAAGGGGGAAGAGAGAAAGAAAAUGAUAGAAUUAGACUCUCCUAUGGUAUAGAUUCUUUGGGGGUUUAGAAGGCUAGUACUAAUGAUGAGAGUGCAUGAUGCUGGGAGUUUUCUGAUUAAAUAAUCGCAUUGUUUGGUCUGGGAUGUAAUAGAGUGAGGAGGCACAAUUGAACUGACCCAUCAUGUCUUUCUUUUUA